UACGUGUAUGACAAUGUCGCCCGCCAGUGGCAGGAGUUUGACCUGAACCAAGAUGGCCUCAUCUCCUGGGAUGAGUACAGGAACGUGACCUAUGGCACUUACCUGGACGACCCCGACCCCGACGACGGCUUCAACUACAAACAGAUGAUGACGAGAGACGAGCGGAGGUUCAAGAUGGCUGACAAGGACGGCAACCUGAUUGCGACCAAAGAAGAAUUCACAGCCUUCCUGCACCCCGAAGAAUACGACUACAUGAAAGACAUUGUUGUGCAGGAAACAAUGGAAGACAUUGAUAAGAAUGGAGACGGCUUAAUCGAUUUGGAAGAAUACAUAGGCGAUAUGUACAGUCACGACGGGGACACGGAAGAGCCCGAGUGGGUGAAGACGGAGCGGGAGCAGUUUGUCGAGUUCCGGGACAAGAACCGUGACGGGAAGAUGGACAAGGAGGAGACCAAAGACUGGAUCCUGCCCUCGGACUACGAUCACGCCGAGGCAGAAGCGAGGCAUCUCGUCUACGAGUCGGAUCAGAAUAAGGACGGCAAGCUCACCAAAGAAGAAAUUGUGGACAAGUACGACUUGUUUGUGGGCAGUCAGGCCACGGACUUCGGGGAGGCCUUGGUACGGCACGACGAGUUCUGAGCCCGGGAAAACCUUCGUCGCAGAAAGAAGGGGAGGGGGAAAAACAAUAAUUUAUUUUUUGACCGUUUCCGGAGCAACACGAGGAACUCUCACUACUGAGACUGGCAGUUUCAGGCAACAACACGGAAAAACGGCGGCGGCAGCAACAAGAGACAACCCGUCCCGUCGGCCCUUUACCUUCCUGCAGGGGCGGGUAUGCAAAAGGAGUUCCGAAAACCGUAUUGGCGCCGCCGCUCGGAGGGGCUUUUGUCUGUUUUUAUAGAUCUGCGUUUUGUUUUUACAUCUAACAAGUUCUGUUUAUUUUU